AUGCUGCCCAAAUUCUACAUUGUUAUAUCUUCUCUGUGCGGAUGCCCAUGUGUGCAUUUGGAACUUGGUCAGAACACUUGGAGAACGUUGUGCGCAUUCAAUGCAACUCCAUGUGACUGGUGUGGUGCGGAUGCUCUGAUAGGCAAAAGCAACGCGGCAAGUCAUAUGGUAAAAGAGCGUGAGCAUAGAAAGCUUCUUUUACCUCCACUGGCAAGUCACCCAGAUCACGCAGACGAAGGUCACAUGUACAUGAAGGAAUUGCGUAAGAUUUCUAUUGGGUGGUUAUCGAUUGGAAAUGUUGAGCAACCAAAAAAUAGUUGA